GUGAUAUCUGUGGUGUGUCAUGUGGGCACCAAUGAUUUAGGCAAUCAUAAUUGUGAAUACAUAAUAGUCAGCACUGGAAAAAGAUUUCCCAAAGCAAGAAUAGGAACAUCAGCAAUUCUACCAAGAGGAGGAAAUGAUGGUAUCAAUAAUGAUAUCAAGCACAUAAAUGAUGAAGUGAAAGAUUACUGUCACAAAGAAGACAGUGUAUUCAUAGUCCAUCAUAAACUAUCACUCAGCAAACAUUUAUUUGCUGAUGAUGGGAUUCAUAUCAAUACUGAUGGUGUCAAACUAUUAGUAGCAGAUAUGAACAGGUCGAUGAGGGGAAAGGAUACCAAAAACAGAUCACACUAUCAACACAGAGACAGACAUCCAGCCAGUCAGUCAGCUAAUCUACAGAGGUUACAACAUACACCAUUAUGUAAGAAACAAAAAUACCACAAGAAAAUAUCAACCUGCAAACAGACAGCAAGAGACGAACCAGCAGCCGCCAGUGUAUAA